AGACAGACAGAGAGAGACGGAGAGAGAGACGGAGAGAGAGACGGAGAGAGAGACGGAGAGAGAGAGAAGAUGACCAUCAACAAGCUGACUAAAGGAGGAGCUCAGAGGGAGCAGCUGUAUUGCCUCAGAAAGAUGGAGAGAGUGAUCGUAGCGAUGCAGGAUCCUGACAUGGGGAUGAAGAUGAGAAACCAGAGACUCCUCAUCACCAUUAUACCACACGCCAUGACCGGUAAUGAUGUCAUUGGGUGGCUGAUUCAGAAAUACAACAUAACAGAGGAAGAGGCGGGCCACCUGGGAGGACUCCUGGUGCAGUAUGGGUACAUCUAUCCUCUGAAGGAGCCGCGCUCUCUACUACUGAGAUCUGAUGACUCUCCUUACCGCUUCCAGGCUCCAUAUUUCUGGACCAGUAGCCGUUGGCCUGCCUCAGAGCUGGACUAUGCGAUCUAUCUGGCGAAGAAGAACAUCAGGAAACAGGGAGAGUUGGUGGACUAUGAGAAGGAGAACUACAGCAUCCUGCACAAGAGGAUUAACCACACCUGGGACUUUGUAGUGAUGCAGGCUAGGGAACAGCUCAGAGCCUCUAAGCAGAGAAAGAAGUCUGACCGUAUUGUUCUGGAGUGUCAGGAACAAGCCUACUGGCUGAUCAACAAACCAUGUCCAGGGGCGUUUGACGUGUUGGAUCUAGGACCUGAGAGAUGCAACGUCCUCAGCUCCCGAGUCACACUGAACGCUGAGCACUACAAGAGAGAGAUUGAACACAGUAGAAGAGCUCUGGGGAGAAACCGUGUCAAGUCCUCUAUCUGUCUUGAGAGCUUCAUGAAGUACAGUGAGCAGUACCUCCACCAUGACCCCAUCAUGUUAGGCUGUCUCCCUAGCAACCCCUGGAUAUCUGACGACACCUCACACUGGACCAUCAACACUGACAUGGUGGAAACUCCAACCAGGCUGAGAGUGGAGCGCUGGAGUUUCAGCUUCAUGGAACUUCUGAACGACUCGAUAGGAAGAAGAGAGUUUAUGAUCUACCUGGAGAAAGAAUUCAGUG